AACUCGUCACCAUGUCGAAGGAGACCAAGCUCAUCUACCUGUUGGAGCCGUUCAUGCCGCUCCUGCCGGAGGUGCAGUCGCCGGAGCGGCAGAUCCAGCUCCGCGAGAAGCUGAUGUGGACGGCGGCGUCGCUGUUCAUCUUCCUUGUGUGCUGCCAGGUCCCGCUCUAUGGCAUUGCGUCGUCGGCUUCGUCGGAUCCGUUCUACUGGAUGCGGAUGAUUCUCGCUGCCAACCGCGGUACGCUCAUGGAGCUUGGCAUCACGCCGAUUGUUACCUCGGGCCUGGUCAUCCAGCUGCUCUCGGGCGCCAAGCUGAUUUCGGUUGACCAGAACGUGCGCCGCGAGCGCGAGCUCCUCAAGGGCGCGCAGAAGCUUGUGGGCAUUGUGAUCACCUUCCUCCACGCCAUUGCCAACGUCUCGUCGGGCAUGUACGGCAACCUGUCGGACAUUGGCAUGGGUAACGCGCUCCUCAUUGUGGUCCAGCUCAUUGUCUCGGGCCUCAUUGUCAUUGUGCUUGACGAGAUGCUGCAGAAGGGCUACGGUCUGGGCGCUGGCAUUUCGCUCUUUGUCACGACGAACGUGUGCGAGACCAUCAUGUGGAAGACCUUUUCGCCGUACGCCGUCAACCAGGGCAACGGGACGCAGUUUGAGGGCGCGGUGGUGGCCUUCUUCUACCUCAUGAUGACGCGGUCGGACAAGGUCCGUGCGCUCAAGGAGGCCUUUAACCGGCCAUACAUGCCCAACAUCACCAACCUCAUUGCGACGGUGCUGGUGUUCUUCAUUGUCAUCUUCUUCCAGGGCUUCAAGGUCAACAUCCCGCUCUCGUCGGACGGCACCCGCCAGAAGUCGUCGUACCCGAUCAAGCUCUUCUACACCGCCAACAUGCCCAUCAUGCUCCAGUCGGCCCUUGUCUCGAACCUCAUGUUCAUCUCGCAGCUCCUCUGGUCCCGCUUUGAGGGUAACCCCAUUGCCGGCCUCCUCGGCAAGUGGCAGGCCAUGGACUCGCGCGGCGGCCAGAACAUGCCCGUCGGCGGCCUCGCCUACUACAUCUCGCGCCCCGAGUCGCUCUCGGGCUUUGUCGCUGACCCGCUCCGCGCCGUCUUCUACAUCGUCUUUGUCCUCGGCACCUGCGCUGCCAUCUCUCGUCUUUGGAUCAACGUCUCCAACUCGACGCCCGGCGACGUGCUCAAGCAGCUCAAGGCCCAGCGGAUGUCGAUGCCCGGCCACCGCGAUGCCUCGCUCAAGCGCGUCCUCAACAUGUACAUCCCCAUCGCCGCCUCCUUUGGCGGCCUGUGCAUCGGCGCUCUCUCCAUCGUGGCUGACCUCAUGGGUGCCCUCGGCUCCGGUACCUCGAUCCUCCUCGCCGUCACCAACAUCUACGAGUACUAUGAGAUCGUUGCCCGCGAGGCUGCCGGUGGCUCGCUCAUUGGCGCCAUCUUCUAACCGACGUAAACGUUGCCAACACA